GUUCGUUCAGGGAAGCAGCUGACCCGUUUUGUCCCUUGUAUUGUCUGUUUGGAGUUUGACCACGCAGAACCGCCCUAAACAUACAUCCAACAGCGACAAAAACGAAAGGAUAAAAUGCCUCGAGACACUGUAAAGUAAAUUUGUAUUUGAAGUCGCCAUCGAUCGAGUUCAAGGCACAUCUGUCUGCAAAGUCAUGGACCCAUCACUAACCGGAGUCCCGAGUGGCCCUGCUAUCAGAUCAGGUGUUUCAGUGUCCACGUCAUCUGCUACCUCAAAUCGAACCAGACCUAAAGUCAACAUGCCAACGCUGCCAGCGACCCCUUCGACCUCCACUGCCUCUCCACGGUUAGCUCCAGGGCAGCUUUCACGCUCGUCUUCCUUUUCCACCCCACCUGACUCCCCUCUGCGUCAGCCCAUCCGGAGUGCCUCUAUUGGGGGUAGGUCUCAGCUCAACGCAGCCUCCCCUGGAAGUCCCCUUUCUGGAGCAAGCACACCACCGCAAACCCCUCUCACACCAGAGCCAGGAGACCAAGAAGAGGAAUUUACUUUUGAGGUUUUGGAGGAGAGAGCAAAGUCAGGAGAUGCCAAAGCCCAGAUGAAGAUGGGACGAUACUUCCUGGCACUGGGAGAAGAGAGAGAUGAGGAGCUCAAUAACUGUACAGCAGUGACUUGGCUGAUCCAGGCAGCUAAACAGGGGCGUAGGGAUGCUGUUAAACUACUUCAGCAAUGUUUGGCUUCUAGGAAAGGUAUCACUUUGGAGAAUUUUGAAGAGGUGAAGAAGCUGAGCACAGAGUCGCGUUUUGAAAGAGGUGUGAGAAAAGCCGCUCUGCUCAUGUACUGGAAGCUCAACCCAGAAAGAAAAAAGUCUGUGGCUGUUUCUGAGAUGCUUGAAAAUGUGGAGCAUGUCCACACUGAGCCAGGCCAACCAGUGUCCCAGAGCCCACUAAACAGCUCUGCCAAGAAACAGAGGAGAGUUCUGGAGACUAUGGUCACCAGUGAAUCCUGUUCCCAUGUGGGCCUGGAUGACUUUGUCGAGAUGACCAAAAAAUACGCUCAGGGGGUAGCACCAUCUCGAGUCAUGGCCGCAGCUGGAGAUGACGACGAUGACGAUGAUGCUGUUCACGUGAAAAAUCCCGACGAGCUCCCUCUUCCUCAAAAGAUGCUGAAGUUUCCCCUUCACGCUCUCCUGGAGAUAAAGGAGCACCUGAUCGAGUGGGCGUCCCGGGCCGGCAUGCAGUGGCUGAGUGCUCUGAUCCCCACACACCAUGUCAACGCCCUCAUCUUCUUUUUUAUCAUCUCCAACCUCACCAUUGAGUUCUUUAUAUUUUGUAUUCCUUUGCUAGUGUUUUAUCUGUCAUUCUUUUCCAUGGUUAUCUGCACACUGAGGGUAUUUCAGAAUUCAAAAGCUUGGGAGAAUUAUCGUGCAUUGACUGAUCUGUUGGCACACUUUGAGCCUGGCCUCGACUUGGACCAGGCUGAGACAAACUUUGGAUGGACACACUUGGAACCUUACUUAUACUUUCUACUCUCUGUGAUCUUCGUAGUAUUUUCCUUCCCUGUUGCUGACAAAUCCUGGAUCCCGUGCUCAGAGAUGGCUGCAGUCGCCAUGUUCUUCACCAUCACUGCCUUCCACAGUCUCCACGCCUCCGCUCAAAUUUUCGCCCGGAAAGCCCUUUUCACUGAAGUCCUCUCCGGAGUCUGCUCUCUCACCCACCUGCUCCCGGACUCCCUUUGGAUCCUGAAAAUAUUUGGGAUGACUUUGUUUUCGUUACCUCUUGGAGAAGUUGUGGCGUUAAACAUCGGGGUGCCCUGUCUUCUAUACGGGCAUCUUAUCUAUCUACUUUUUUGCAUGGCACAAGUAAAAGGAUUUAAAGGCACUUAUCUUUGCCUGGUGCCUUACCUUGUUUGUUUCACCUGGUGUGAGUUGUGUUUGGUUUUUCUCAACAACGCCUCCACAAUUGGACUUAUCCGUACCUGUAUUGGCUACUUGCUGUUCCUAUUCGCCCUACCUAUUCUAACGCUGGGCCUCGUCGCUAUGCUAAUUAUCCAGCUAUGGCACUGGUUCCUUGCGCUGGAGGUUACCAAAAUGGUGGUCACGCUUGUCAUCUGUUUGGUACCUGUUGUGUUACGAUGGUGGACACGUUUUAGCCUGAAUCCUAUCAAAGUUUUACGCUCAUUGUCCCGAAGCAGCAUCGUCAAACUCAUUUUAGUUUGGCUCAGUGCAGUGGUGCUGUUCUGUUGGAUGUAUGUCUAUAGAUCAGAUGGUAUGAAAGUUUAUAAUUCCACACUAACAUGGCCUGAGUAUAGCAAUCUUUGUGGUCCUUUGGCUUGGAAGGAGUCUAACAUGGCUCAAACUCAAAUCCUCUGCUCUCAUCUUGAGGGACACCGCGUCACUUGGACUGGGCGCUUCAAAUACGUUCGUGUAACUGACAUAGAGAAUGGGCCCCAGUCAGUUAUUAAUCUUCUUCCUGUUGUUGUGGGGAACUGGAUGCGGUGUCUCUAUGGUGAACCGUAUCCCAAGUGUGAUGGAGUGAAGGAUUCGUCUGAUGGGCCUCAACCUGCAAAUGCCCCCAUUCCAGAAAAUCCUUUAUGCAGACUUAAAAAACUAGCUAAAAACGAAUGCCAUGUGAAACGUUUUGACCGAUACAAAUUUGAAGUUACACUGGGCAUGCCUCAAGAGAGAAAGACUAAAAAUGGCACAAUAAUAGAAGAUGAAGACUCAACUAAAGAUAUUGUUUUAAGAGCGAGUAAUGAGUUCAAAUCUGUGCUUUUACAUUUGAAUGGAGGCAGCCUGGUGGAGUUUAGUACCAUCCUAGAAGGACGGCUAGGCUCCAAGUGGCCUGUGUUUGAACUGAAAGCGAUUCAUUGCCUGUCCUGUGGAGAUGCCCGAGUCCCCACCAGAAAACAGUACAAGAUUGAACACGACUGGAGACGCACUGUUCAAAAUGCAUUGCAGUUUGGUUUUGACUUCUUUUUCAGCCCCUUCCUCACAGCACAGUUAGAGCAUCCAGACACAGAAACUGGGACAGAGAUUGUGGUCAGAGACGAUGCAUCUGACUAGAUGUCAACCACUACUAACAGUAAUAAUGGAUUUAUAUAGCACUUUAUAAGCUUGAUAAGCCUCAAAGCGCUAGGUAGAGCAAACAGUAGUUAAAUAAUCCAAUACACUGGUGAGAAAGUAUUCCUGUAGUCACAACUGUCUGGGGCAAACUAACAGAGAUGUGACAGUCUGCCUGGCAGCCAUCUCCAAUGAUCAGUCCUGAAAAUGUACUUGUACUAUAUAUUCCAUAAUUUAUGUAAUAAUUAUCUAAUCUUUGACUAUUGUUUUAAUAUUUGGAGUUUAUAAUACAAAGUCAGUGUUUUGAUACACAUAGAAUAUAUUAAGUAUAUUUUAAUAUUGACUGUAAUCUAUAGUGCUUGACAGUAAGUUUCUGCUGUUGGUGCAGUUCUUUGUCAUGGAGAAAUAUUAAAGUGCCUUUUACACAGAGUUUACCAAAUUAUGCUACACUUCAUUCAUACACUUUAUUUAUGUCCAAGUGAAGAACCAUUUUGUGUCAUAACAUUCAGUCCAUUUAUUUCCCUUGACCAAUGUUUCCUGCUGUGCAGGCUCAUAAUAUUAUGUGUUUAAUGACACUACCUUGUAGCUGUACUAUGACCAGUAAUAAAUAUGGUAAAACUUA